AUGUCGGGGAACGCUGCGGCGAAGACAGCUAAAAUAGAGAUGUGGUGGGACAUGAAGGACUGUCCGAUUCCGGAGGGGUAUGAUGCUCGUCGGGUCCGUCCAAGAAUAGAAAGGGCGUUCAAUAAACUAGGCUACACUGGUCCUGUCUCCAUCACUGCAUAUGGCGACCAAAACCAAACCCCUUGCCACGUCCUGCGAGGGCUUUCUUCCACUGGAGUCGCUGUUGCACAUACCAAAUCCGAUAGCACGCGCUCAGUCAUGUAUCAGGAUAUGGUGGAAUGGCGAGGUCAAAAUCCACCUCCGGCUACAAUGAUGAUCAUAUCCGAUCAGGAGGCUAUAAAGCCUCCGGACACACAACUGUUAUGUGUGACGAAGACGUGGGCAAGGAACUACCCGGCCACGCCUGAACACGCCACAGCUAAAAUACUGGUGUUGUGGAACGUGAAUGACUGCCCGAUUCCUGAGGGGUAUGAUGCUCGGGUCCGUCCAAGUAUAGAAAGGGCGUUCAAGGAACUAGGCUACUCGGGUCCUGUCUCUAUCACUGCCUAUGCCAACCAAAAAACAAACCCCUGA